AAUAAAAGAUGUUCGCUUUUCUGUCUCCUCUGCCGCCAUGGCGCCUGUGAAAAAGCUUGUGGCGAAAGGGGGCAAAAAAAAGAAGCAGGUUUUGAAGUUCACCCUCGAUUGUACUCACCCUGUAGAAGAUGGAAUCAUGGAUGCUGCCAAUUUUGAGCAGUUCCUCCAGGAGAGAAUCAAGGUGAAUGGCAAAGCUGGCAAUCUCGGCGGAGGGGUCGUCACCAUCGAGCGCAGCAAGAGCAAGAUCACUGUCACUUCCGAGGUGCCUUUCUCCAAAAGGUAUUUGAAAUAUCUCACCAAAAAGUAUCUGAAGAAGAACAACCUCCGAGACUGGCUGCGCGUUGUGGCCAACAGCAAGGAAAGCUACGAGCUGCGCUACUUCCAGAUCAACCAGGAUGAGGAGGAGGACGACGAUGAGGAUUAGCGCAUUGGGCUGCAAUGUUUUGUAUUAAUUCAUAAAUAAAAUUUAGGAACAAAAAAAAAAAGAUGUUCGAGUUUGGUAAAUGUAAGUUAUAAAUGUUGGAGAGUCUAAGAAGAUGUUUAGGAUUGGAGGGUCUAAGAAGAUGUUUUAAGAUUUUCACCCGGCUGACAACUCCAUCCAAGAAUCACCUGUGGAACUGCUGAACUCUGAUUUGCUGAAAGCUGAUGUUAACCAGUCCAGCCAAUGUGAUUGCUCCCUGGAUUUCAGCUGGGCCAGCUAAUCAGAUGCAUCUGAUAAAUGUCCCAUUGUCCAGCUGUUGACUCUUAGCAUUCCAGCCUUCCUGGGCCCCUAUGGCAGCAUCCCAGUGUCAGCUGGAAGCAGUUACAGAAGACAAAUAUGACAUCUAUUUUCCCACCUAAGAGGCUGAAAGGCUAAAUCAAAAAGGAAGCCCCCUGGGCCCAUACUGAAAAGGACCUGACUUCAUGAUUCUGACCACCCUGACGGCCAUGAAAAUAGAUGGGAUCCAAUCCUGGAUUCAACACUCUCAUCUGAAGUUUGCCCCCUGGAAAUAUCAGGACCUGAAUCAGUGAUGGGUUAUCAGACAACAACCACAUGACCCAGGCCUCAGAAAAUAUUCUGAGUCAAUGAUUUGACUCACUGAAACAACUCAAAGGGGAAAUGUUGAGGUCUGCUCCUUCCCCAACACAGCUGUAGCCAUUUUGUUCCAUGCCAGCUAGCUAUUUCAUACUGUUUCUGUAAUAUGCCUGCCAGUUACUGAUGCAAAAAAAUAAACAACUCAGAGCAAGGUCA